AUGUCCCUCCCCGCCACGAAACCUUAUGGAUCACAAAACUGGGGGGCUCCGGUCUACCAAAAUCCCCUAGAAUUGCAAAUAGUUGGAGGGAACAUUGAGAACUCACCGUUCGUCCCUUGGAUACAGAACUACCCCCUCCCGAAGGAUCUCAAAUACCCACCCUAUCUCGGAACCUACAAAGGGAAAAGUGAUCCGGACGAUUUUUUAGAAGCAUUUGAGGGCGUAGCAGAAAUGAAGGUCUGGAACGUACCCGUUGCGUGCCGAAUGUUCAGGUAUGCACUCAAAGGAGAUGCUAGAGAAUGGCUAAAAAGUGUUACAAAGGGGUCCAUAAGCAGUUUUGAAGACCUUAAAGAAAAAUUUAGGGCCCGUUUUAGCCAGCAGAAAAAGCAUAAGAAGAUUCAUGUAGCCGCCCAUGGGGUGAAACAAAAAGAAACGGAACCCUGUAGGAUGUUUCUUGAUAGGUUCACCACUGAAACAGAAGACAUCGUGGAUCUUCCUGAGUCACAAAGGAUAUCUGCAUUACUACAUGGUCUCCGGAGCAGAGGACUAGUCGAAUUUCUAUAUAGAGAUCUCCCGAAGACAUACGAGGCUGUCCAAAAAAGAGCACACGUAUACCUAGAUGCAAGGGACACCGCACCAAAAGGAGACAUUAGCCCACCGCAUGAUAAGGAGGCCCAACCACAAAGGAAAGGAAAAUGGAAUAACGAGCGAGAAAGGCCAAGGUACAACCCGUACAACAAAGAUGACAAAGGAUAUUUAAAGGUAAACCUCCCAGAACUCCACAAGAGUGCGAAAGAAAUACUACUCACUGAAAGUGUUGCCAAAACCUUCCCAACACCACCCAGACUUAGUGGCAAAAACAGAAAAGAUCCAGAAAAAUAUUGUGAGUUUCACAGGGAUCAAGGCCACGACACGAAUGCAUGCUGGCAACUUAAAAAAGCUAUUGAAGAAGCAAUCAAUGAAGGAAAGCUAUCACACCUAGUAAAAAGCGUCAGGUAA